AUGGGGUCGGGUGACUGGGGUCCGGUGCUGAUCGCGGUGCUCUUCUUCGUGGUGCUCACGCCGGGCCUGCUCUGCCAGAUACCAGGGAACGACCGCCGCAUCGCAGAGUUCCACAGCAUGCGCACCAGCUACCUCGCCAUCUUCGUCCACACCGUCAUCUUCUUCGGCUUCUGCGCCAUCUUCAUGGUGGCCGUUGGCGUCCACCUCAGCUCCGGCUAA